UGUUAUAAGUAGAUUUUGUGUGUCAGAAUUAAGUCAGAAAACUGAUAGCUUUCUUUUGUCCUUGUGAUCAAACAACAACAAGAAGGGAGGCCCCCUUUGUUUCACAAGCAUAUCUUUUUAUCUUCACCAAAUUAAAAGACCGUUUUGUUUUUUUUUCAAUCAUUCCCAUUUCAAAUAAACCCUAAAUUUUGCUCCUAUGGCUACUACUCCAAGAAGAUACUUGCGUUUAAGCCGACGUUCGAUCAAAACUAGAUUUGCUUAUCGGUUUCUUCGUGCUCUUAAAAAACUGAAUAAGCAGAAAAAACCCAAUUCAAAUAGGGUGAAACAAUAUCAUAGGGUAAAACUUGCUGCUUAUGCUUCUAUGGCCUCUGCGGUCGGGUCAAAGCGGGCUUGGAGUCGGGCCUUGCUUUGGAAGAUCCGAAACCGAGGUCUGACCCGAACCCUGGUGAAGAAAAGAGUAGACGAAGAAAACCCUAGAGAAGAGACUGGAUUUGGAUGUACAAAUGAGCUGAGAAAGCUUGUACCAGGUGGUGAAGUAAUGAAUUUCUACAACUUGUUAGAUGAAACUGCUGAUUAUAUCAAGUGCCUUUCAUCACAGGUACAGGUUAUGAGAAAUAUUCUUGAUCUAUUUUCGUCCUGAACCUAAGUAUUAUAUUAGUAAAAAGAACAUAUAUGGAAGUUACGUACGUACAGCUAAGCCCAGAAUAAUGAAAAGAGAAUUGAGGCCAAUACACAUUUAGCUCGCUGGAAAGAGACCCUACGUACUGAUCAUGCAUAGGACAAAUAUUUGUUCUUUGCAGUACCCGUGAUGAAAUAAAUCUUGUAACUUGCCUAAUGUAUUUAUCAUCUUGAUGAGGUCACGAAUCAUAUUGCUUAAUUAUGUACAUAAAUAUUUCAGUACUCUACUCUUAUAGGAGUACCAUGGUUCUCUCUCUCUUUAUAUAUAUAUUGAGCUUUGUUGUGUGCG